UAGCGAUUACUUACCCUUGUACGAUGUAUUCGAUCACUUUUAUUGGUUUUUAUCGGGUUUUUGUCUAUGCAUGUUCACUGUUCGAUGAAAUGCCUCACAGACCUGGAAAUGAGAUCCCCUAGAACGUUGGAGGUUUGGAGGCUAGGCACUGUCAACUAUUUGAAAUCCCUUAAAAUUCAAGACAAGUUAGUUUCCGAGAGAAAAGCUCAUCAAAUCCCAGAUACCCUCCUCUCCCUUCAGCAUCCACCAACUUACACACUCGGAAAACGUAGAACCGAUCACAAUCUACUGAUCCCUCAAUCUGAACUCACUAAGAUUGGAGCUGAACUUCAUUAUACCCAAAGAGGAGGAGAUAUCACAUUCCAUGGCCCUCAUCAAGCCAUCUUAUAUCCUAUCAUUUCUUUGCGCGGCAUCGGUUAUGGUGCUAGAAACUAUGUGGAGACAUUGGAGCGGUCAAUGAUCGAAUUUGCUUCAAUGUAUGGCGUGAAAGCUCGUCCAGGGAACAAAUGUGAGACUGGAGUUUGGGUUGGGGAUAGAAAGAUCGGUGCUAUUGGGGUUCGGAUAUCUUCUGGAAUCACUAGUCAUGGGUUGGCCUUCAACAUAGAUCCUGAUAUGAAGUACUUUGAGCACAUUGUGCCUUGUGGGAUUGCUGAUAAGGAAGUCACAUCUUUGAAAAGAGAGACGGAUGAUCUGCUUCCUUCGGAAGAAGUGGUUCAUGAGCAGUUGAUUACUUGUUUUGCCAAAGCGUUUUCUUAUGAUGAUGUUGUGUGGAAGGAAGAUCCCGCUGUCAUUUUGGACACCAAAGAUAACGAAUAAUAUGUUUUAUAUUGAUUGAUUUUACUGAA